UUGUGGCAGACCUUCAGAUGGCCAUCUACAAGCUGGAGAGCCGCCUGAACGCUUUGGAAAAGUCAUCUACCUCCCACCAGCCCUCACCAGUUCCUCCAACCCAGGUGAGCCCUGCCAGGAAACCCGAGGCAGCUGCUGCAGAGGAAGAUGAGGAGGAUGAUGACAUCGACCUCUUUGGGAGUGAGGAGGAGGAGGAGGACCAGGAGGCUGCCAAGGUCCGGGAGGAGCGGCUGCGGCAGUAUGCCGAGAAGAAGGCCAAGAAGCCAGGACUCAUUGCCAAGUCCUCCAUCCUCCUGGAUGUGAAACCC